GUCCCGCCUCGAUACCGCCAAAUCCCGUCCAACAUGUUCCGCACAGCUCUCCUCAGGUCCGCAGGGUCAGCCGUCCGCGCUGCACCCCGAUGCCAGGCCUCAAUGGCUCGCCCGGUCGCGCGCAGCGCCCUCACGCCCUCCGCAUACUUCCAGGCCGCGAGAUGCUAUUCCGCCAGCGCAGGACUGUCUCAGGACGAGGUACAGGGCAGGAUAAUGGACCUGCUGAAGAACUUCGACAAGGUCCAGGACACAUCAAAGCUCAACGUCGAGUCGCACUUCCACAACGACCUUGGUCUUGACAGCCUCGACACUGUAGAGGUGGUCAUGGCGAUUGAGGAGGAGUUCAGCAUUGAGAUUCCCGACAAGGAGGCCGACGCUAUCCACAGCGUGAAGCAAGCGGUUGACUACAUCCAGGCUCAGCCUGACGCGCACUAGACGGUAUCAGAAGGCUGGGUGCUUGACAUGGAGAAUAUGAGUGGAUCUUGGUAGUCGGUUCUGCCGGCGUUGUUAAAUAUUUCCCUGCGUGUAAAACAGUCGCCUGGGUCGGCACCGUGUACUUCCAAUGGAAAUGAUGCUGUCCACGUCCAUCUGCGUCUGAUCCUGUGCGCGCAGUCGUCGUU